AUGGCUGAGGUGAGGAUUCAAAAAAAAAUUGAUUAGGAACAUCAAUUCUCCAGCUGAAUCGAUUGGAUGCGACAAUCCGAGGUGGACUGGAUAUUUGGGACUCCCUUGAAGCCCUAAAUCAGUACUUGUUCGGCGGCACGAGGACCCUUUUUGGUCAGCAGAAAUCGAUGUGAAAAUGAUAGAAGAAGGGCUUCAGACGUCGUCAAAACGGCGUGCAACGACGACACGAAUGUCGCCGAGUGCAUCGCCGUCCUCACCGACCUCGCCUUCCACACUUCCAACGACAUCGCCACGUAUUCCUCCAAGAUUGCCACGAGCGGGAGGUGAUUCAUUUUUUCGGCGUCCGAUGGCUUUCAGACUCCUGUUUUCGUAAAAGACAAGCACUUUUUUGAACUGUAACUGAAAAAAAAUCGCGUUUUGAAAGAAUUUAGGUUUUUAUUUUAGUUUUAUAUUUUGUAUUCCUCGUCAUAGAAUGUUCAUUCUGACUCUUGAAAGUUGUCCGCUCAACCUAUGAAAAAGUAUCAAUUUUAAGUAAUAUAUUUUAUUCGAAAUUUUUUAAAAGUUUUAAAAUUUGGUUCUACUAUCAAACUAAACUUGAAAACUGCGAACAAGGAACAUUUCGGUCUCGAUUUUUUGAAGUUUUGCUUCUAUAGUUUUGGGAAUGAAUAAAAAUCCUGUAAAUCUCAACUUAAACAAAACCUCUAGUUCUCGAAAACCUAAGCUUGAAAGCUAUAGUUUCUAAAAAGGUGUUGAGAAAAGGAGCCCUUGGGUCGUUCUUUCUAAAAAUUUCAGCUUUAGUAAGCGUUUUAUUUUUCAGAAAACUCAAAAAUUCAACCCAAAAUAUUCUUUCUUUCAAAAGUGUGAAUUCGGAAAAGGAAAGCUUCUAGAUUUUUUCGAAGUCAAUUUGGUUUAUUUUUUUGGAAGUUAAAACAUGGAAUUCCUAAAAGUUUCAACCUGAAAAACUUUUAAUUCUCGAGAAUCUAACCUUUGAGGGUCCUUUUUUUAAACUUCCGCUUUCGGAAGUGCUACCUUUGAGGGUCCUUUCUUGAAAGUUCUACUCUCAAAAGCACUACAGAAAAACUUUGAAACACAAAGCGAAAUAUUUUCCCUUCUGAAAGACUGAAAACAGAACGAAAAUUCGAAAUAUUUGUUUCUUGCAGUCUGCCGAACGAAGACUUCAAAUUGUACGCUCUACGACUUUCCCUCUUCUUCGAAAUCGGCCGCACGACUUCCAUCCCACAAGUUGAGAGCGAGGAUCUCAACAAGUGCAUCGAUGAGACUGUAGAAGACGUCGGCAAGGCCUAUAGUUUGACCAAAGGUCCGCAAAGAAGAAAAAUCUCCGAAUAUAUCUGUUUUUCAGAAGAUCGACACUGGUCCUCGCUGAAGCCCCUGGUUUUCUCCUACUUCACUCGGGUGAGAAAAAAAAAUAAAUCUACUUCAUAGUUUGUUCAAGGCGGCCGGUUUAUAACAUAGCCGUUUUUAAAAAAAGUUUUUCUAGUCAUAAAGUAAAAAUUUAUAUACUUAUGUGACUGAUCUUAUGAACUUAAGAGGUCGUAAGGGUUUUAAAAGUUGAUGUUUAGCCAAUUUUUAUUUCGAAUUUCAAGUACAAUGAUGACCUUCAGAAUUGUUCCCUGUAGUUUUCGCUUUUUGAUGUGUUGAUCGUGAAAUAAGAGGAAAAAGGGUUCCAGAAAUGUUCUUUUAAGGGUGAGAAAGCUUCCUUUUUUGCUGCCUCUCCCUUUUUCCACUAUUCUCUGAGCCUCAGAAAAAUGAAUGGUUCGAUGGGACUCUUUUUGCUGCUUUUUUGCGGCCUUUCUUUUUUGAGCCUGAGAGAUCUUUUGAGCUCCUAUUUUGAAACCUUUUGUUGCUUCCAGCAUUAUUGAAGACAAUGAAAAAGGUCUGUAGGUGAUCAUCAGAAGCUCUUUUUUGAAAAAAAAAACUUUUUGAGGAACUUUUCCUUUUUUAAUCUGAUUAAACUAUAUUGAAUGGCCAGUGGCUGUCUCAGCACUACCUUAAACUUAAAUACGUGAUCAUUGAAAAUUUUUGAAGGGCUCUCCAUUGGUCUGCGAGCCGCCGCCUCCACGUGGCGCCCUGCAGUACGCCCGUGACGACGGCGUCAUCUCGGCCGUCGGCUUCGAGAAGGCCUUGGAAGAUCGAACGCUACGCACCGAAGAGUUCUUGAAGAGCUUCGAAUUUGUCAGUGCAUAAUUAAUUAUGUGACGAAUUUUUUAAAAAUUUCACGGAAAUACAUAUAAAGUGAUAACUUUUUUAGGUGAGAAUGGUUCCGAAAAAGGUACAAUUUUUCAUGUUCUUUCGAAGAAGAUUCCUAUUCGAAUAAUUUUCGUCCAAAAUUUGAUUUCAAUAUGGCAAAACCUAUCACUGUUCUUGCCAUUUUCAGUGCUUCAAACAGCUGGAAAAGGAAAACGCGGAUUUGAAGUCGAUCAGCUCGUUCAUUCAGAAACCAACAGAUUUUAUUCUGGACGAUAACGAUGCUUAUUCUACUUUUCAGAGGUCUUAGAAGAUUUUCUCGUCUUUAAAUAUUGAAUAUUCAGGCUUAUUGAUAUCUACCCGCAGGUCGUUGACGGAAAAAAUGAGGUCAACCAGAAAGCCUUCGCCAAAGUUCUACAAAAAGUGUUCCAGAUGGUUCCGCAGGAUGUCAAGGUGCCAUUCGCCUUCUUUUUUCUAUAAUUUCUGAGAUUUUUAGGAAAAAACAAAUGAGAAACUCCUCGAUUGGUACGUUAACGAGGGAAACAGACAUUUGCCCGACUUGAGCCCUUUCGUCGAGGUUUCCAUAGAAAAAGGAAGAAAUAUAUAUUUUUUUCGCAGAAUUUCGAUGAAGGUUUGUCCGACGCGAUCAAUCAGAUCGGCGACCACAACGAUAUUAUUAACAACUCGGCCCGGUUUGAAGAGACUCGUGAAAAGGUCGGUUUAGUGAAAUAUAUUUUUUAUGAAUAGGCUAAGUCGGAAGGUCCCUUUUUGCUGCCCUUUGGAGCCCUUUUUUCGACCCUUUUUGGUCCCAUUUUUCACCAUUUUUGAGCCUUCAAAGUUCUAAAAAAAAUGAAAUGCUCGCUGAAGGGAUUCUUUUUGCAGCCUUCCUGGCAUAGGCAAAGUCGGAAAAAUGUUCUUUUUAGGGUGAUGAAGGCUCUCUUUUUGCUGCCUUUUUGCUCCAUUUUCCCAGCCCUUAUGCACCAUUUUUGUUGCCUCUCUCUAUCUCCACCAUUUCUCGAGCCUUCAAAUUCCCGGAAAAAUGGAAGGCUCCAUAAAGGGACUCUCUUUGCUGCCUUCCUGCAACCUUUUUUGAGCCUCUCCCUUUUAGCGGCCAUUAUACACCAUUCCGACUUUGCCCGAGCACUUUUUUAGUUCAAAGCUUUCAAAUUAUAUCAUUUUUUAAUGUAUUUUUAUCUAUUUUCCAGCUCCUCUGGUAUUUAUUCGCCUCACCGGCUCUAACGAUCGAGCGGAUGCUUUUGCAGUGUCUGGACAACAAAGAAAUCGUCCCCGGCGUGGUUAAGGUAUCAAGGAAAAAAAUUUAGGGCUCUGAGAACCUAGGUAUUCAAAACAACGUUUUGACCUAUUUCCUUUAUUUUAUCCUGUUGGAAAAAAAUGAGUAGUUUUUUUUUGUUCAGGAACAAGCUUGGGUAGUUCACUCACAAAAUUCACAGGAAAAAUUUGAUUUUUCUUUUCUCAACCUGGGACUUUUUUCUUCAUGAAAAAUACUUUCACUUCAUUUUUCAAUAGAACAGUCGAAGAAUCUCGAAGCAAUUUACGUAGUUUCAAAGCUUUUCAAGAUCAAAAAAAAAGGUAUAAGUCGCUCAAGGUCGGGCGCAGCUAAAAGACAAGUUUAGCUUGUUCAAGGGACCUUGCAGAACUGCUCCAGGAAAGCAAAUUGAGGUGCCAAUAGAGAUUUGAGUUCUAACCGGAUUUUUCAUUCGCAAAAUGUUUUUUGUACAGUAUUAACCACAACUUUGACUUCAAAAAUGGCAAAAAAGGCGACGUAACGGUCUUUUGCGGUUUCUUGACGUGAGGACUCUGAAUCGGAAAAACUUGAAAAAGCAGAAAAAAACCAUUUACGGAAAAAAAAUUCGAGUUUCCCUACUUGAAUCAGUAAAAUUCUACCACAUUUACGCUCCGUAGAAUUUCAUGCCCACGGCCUCAAAUUUGAUAAUUUUGCAGACAAUGCGCUGCUUCCCGUCUCUUUACCGGAAGGAGUUUGUGGAUGUUUAUGAGGGAAAAGACGAUAAACCAAAGCCUCUCUUAGUGUUCGUCCUCAUGCAUAUCUUCUUAACGCAGGAAAAUCGGUGAGGUCCAAGGCUUCCAGCGUUUUUAACGUUUUUCUCAUCUCAGUUGGUUGAAUUUCGAGCAGCAGCAGAACUUCAGCUACGUGGCUCUGUCGCUGAUCAAAAAACGCAAAAUCAAGGCCAAGGACGACGCCGGUAAGUUUCAGGGCAGGCAUACAUGGGAUAGUCUCGGUUUGACCGGAAAAAAGGAAGGUGACUUGGCAAAAAAACGAGAAAAAAGGUGGAGGUAGGCAAGAACCUUGAAAAAAAUUCAAAAAAAUUCAUUUUGUAAAGUUGGGGGAGACUAAGGGAGAAGGGAGUCGCCAGUCAUGCUCAUCCCAUGUAUGAGGGCAGGCUUGCGAACACCUUGAUCUAAAAAAAAAUGAUUAAUUUUCCGAAAUUUUCAAUUUCGCUCAUGAACGUUUCCAAAUGGGAUCUAGAAUUUGGCGGAGCUUUUACAUAGGCAAAGACAAAAAGAGUGGAAAAAGGCUCCUUUUUGCUGCCUUUUUGCGCCAUUUCCUCGCCCCUUAUAUACCAUUUUUGCUGCCUCUCCUUUUUUUUUUACGAUUUCUUGAGCCUUUGAAGUCCGAGAUAAAUGGAAGGCUCGAUGAAGGGACCCUCUUUGCUGCGUUUUUUGAGCCUCUCCUUUUUAGCGACCAUUAUUCACCAUUCCGACUCUGCCCGAGUGGAUUCUUUCCCGCACUUUCGCAAAAUGUCAAUUUUCAGUCUCGUCCGGAACGACCGAAGAAGUUUUCCUCUACGCGGUCGACCUGAUUGUCCACUUUAUCCUGCCAAAUCUCGUCACUUUCCACUUCAAACCUAUGAAAAUGGAGAUUCUUCUAACAAUUUUGCUCAGGUUCCCAUAUCUUUAUUGCCUUCCUUUGUUGCCCCCCUGACAAAGUAGAUCCUAGAAAAUGAAUGAGCUCUUUUUUCAAAACUAAAUCGAUAAAACUAGCCUAAGUUUGAAAAAAAGACCAUUUUUAACUUUCAUUUUUGGAUUUUGCGGGGUUUUUUCAAUUACUGAGUUUUCUAGACAACUUUUUGCAUCAUUCGAUACAUUUUUAUGAGUUUCAUUCUUUCAGGACUUUUUCGGGACCUCUAACGAAAAAUACGCAGUUUGUUUGGGCAACGGAGUCUGGUCAGCAGGGCGGAGGUUUUUUUUUGGAUUUUUAAAACUUUAGGCAGAGAAAUGCUAAGAAUUUAAGAACUUCGAAAAUCUGAUGACUUGGGCUGUAAAAAUUUAUGUUUCCAUUGUUCCUGGGAUAGUUAAAAGUUGACGAAAAAAUUGAAGAUUCGAAAAAAAUAUAUCUCAAAAACUGAGAACAGGCUUCCAAUAACUUUUUGAUGUGGAUUUGGACACUUUUUUCAUGUUUUUUUUUAAUUAUUGAUUUCGUUAGCUUUGGCUACAGUUUGAUAAUAUUCAACUUGAAUAUCACCAAAGGAAAUGAGGGAAAAAAAUUUGAGAGACAGGUAAUCUUGUUAAAAAUUUUCAUUAGAAGCCUUGCAUAACGAAAUAACACGGAAAAAGGCGUUCAUAUCUAGAUUCUUUGCGAAUUUUUCAGAACAUUUAUUGAUUACAAAGGUAUUUAGGAGCUUCUAAAUUCAUAGAAUUUGAAAAAGUACGCCUUUUAGGUUCUAGUCGAGUGAUUAAAGCUUACAAGGGAGAUCUUUUUACUUUGCGAUUGGGAUUUCAUUCAAAAUUGGCCAGAACGCUCCUUGAUGUAUCAGAAGAAGUCUCGACCUGCACAACUUCCUCGUUUUUGAGAAAAGACGCCUCAAGGUCAAAGAAAUCCCUCAAAAUUCAUAAAAUAGGCUAUUUUGAGCUUUGUGCCCUUAUUUCUUGUAAACUAGGAAGUUGUGCAGGUUGAGACUUCUAGGAUCUUCAUCUGGUACAUCAAGAAAUGUCCUGGCCGAUUUUCUAGAAAUUCCAAGGUAAAAUGACCUGUUAGGAAAGUUUUUGAAAAGCUUACCUUGAUGAUUCUUUCCAUUUUUAUUAUUCUUAGAAUGCGAGUGCGUGCCGACGCCCGAACUGUUGGGCAUUGUUCUGGAAACGUUGAUCUACUACGACCAGCACGAGAGCAGCAUCAGCGAAACUUGCCGCGAGAUCAUCAAGCAGGUCGGCGCCCUGCUCAACGGUUCGUCUUGGAAGCCUCCUCCAACUCUCACCUGACCUCUUCCAGAGGAAGAAGUCGUUCUUGAAGAAGGAGCCCGCAACUUUCUUCUCGGCCGGAUGAACAAGUCUCCCUGGUGGCUCAAGUUCUCCGUCACUUCUUCUCUCCACAGCGCGAUGGGCUCUCCGAAACUACAAGUUGUCGUCCCUAUCCUGGCCGUUUUCUUCAACUUUGUCCUCGCAGAUUCCUUCCGGCUUCUACAAUGCCUUGUCUCUGGAGCAACAGGAAGAGUUCGACGAGAUCGCCACGGACUCCAAGGCGUCGUCCGCCGAGUGCUUCCUUCGGUCCUUCAUGGAACUCGGCCUCUUCGACGUUGACUUGGCCAUUUUGCAACUUCGCAAAGGUCCUUUGGUUUCUUUGUCCUUUUUUUUCCUGUCCUGCUGGUUCCUUACUAGGGAACUACUCGGGCUCGGGUACGCGUUUCAAGUUGAAACUGUGGUAGCUUAUAGACCCGGGUAAGAGUACAAUAAAGUUUUUUAGAGUUUAUCAUAGUCGGAUCAUUCAAGGCGAUCGUAUUAAAACAUGAAAUAAGGUAAAAAGCAGCAUUCUGAAAAUCGUUCAGGACUAAUUUUCACAUUUUUUAAUAAUUUUUUCUCAGUUCUUUAUCGGGUUCAGCAGAUAUUUUCUCUUUUUUUUCAAGUAUUCUGACUUAAGUCUAUAAACCACCAAAGUUUGAACUCAAACCGCGAUUACGAGUUUGCGCAGUUCCCUAGUUAGAUGUAUAUUCCACGAAAAUUUUGACUUCAUAAUUCGUAAGCUUUUGAGAGUGUUUGAAUUUGGGUAGUAGGACUUUUCGGAAAAAAUCGGAAUUUUUUUUUUUGCCGUUUUCGGGUCUUUAUUAUUCUAUAGAGUAAGUUCAGAAAACCUGAGGUUCUUAACUUUCACGAAAAUCUUCGCUACAGUCGGUUUAAGGGCAAGAUGCUGUAAGAAAAAUCAAUCAAAAAUGACGAGGAGCGCGAAAAAAUGAUUUUGAGACCAGGAUGAAGAAAAUCAAAAAUAACCGGAAAUCUCCCUUUCUCAAACAUACUCCUCCCCGAUUUUAGUUGAAGAUAAUUCAAUUUUUUUCGAUGUAGAAAAUUCACGAACUCUUUGCCUAGCUUCGAUGUUAUAUUUUUUGCUCCAAACUUGAAAAAUCGGGAGAAAAACUUGCCGAUUCAGGCGUCGCAACAAAAAUGCGCGACGAGGAUCUCAUGGAGAAAAUCGCUCUGGCCUUGGUCGACAGCUGUGGGAGACCUUUUGCGAAAAAACGCAUCCCCGGCAUCACCGAGCUACUGAAACAGCUCAUUUUGGUACAUUUCUCCCGAUCCCCCCUCUAUUUGAUGACCUUUUUUCAGAUCCUGGAUCCGUCGCGCAACUUCAAAGUCCUCGAAUCCUGGUCGAGCAGUACUUUCGAAGCUAUUAAAAUAGUCGAGCACUUAUUAUUGCUCUCAAAAGCCGCCAAGAUUGCUUAUCACAAGGUCUACUUUGCAUUUUUCCCAUGACUCAUGGCGGGUUUCCAGUACGAAUACGCUGACAAUUCGACUUCAUCGCCGAUCAAAUCCUUCGAUGGCCCACAGGAUCAUUUGGCCGUCGCGACAAUGUUGGUCGACACGUUCUGCGACGUUUGCAAGCUCCAUUUGGAGGCUGAGGUUAGCACUCACAAGGAAGUCAUUUUACCUUGUGGUUGGGUUUUCCUGAAAAUCGCCCAGAACACUCCUUGAUGUACCAGAAAAAACUUCUGAGAGUCUUAAUCUGCACAACUUUCUAGUUUUUGAGAUGCCUCAAAGUUCUAGUCUUUGAGAUGCCUCAAAGUCAAAGAGAACUCCAUAAAAAAGGCUGUUUUGGGGCUUUACUUCUCGAAAACUAGCAAGUUGUGUAGUUUGAGACUUCCAGAAUCUCCACCUGGUACAUCAAGGAGAGUUCUGACCAGCAAAAUCCUAACCGCAAAGUGAAAUGACCUCCUCUGUCAGAUAUAAAAGGUUCAUCGCUGUUUGAAAAAAGGAGAAAUGGUAAAAGUUUGUUGGAACUUUAGUAACUUCCUUCAAAAUUAUAAAAUAGCGCUUUUUGUCAUAGUUUUCGUGUUUUGCGGACUUGGAAUUUUUGUGAAUCGGAAGCACGUGAAAUUUUUUUCAGCAAAGUUUCAUCAGAAGUAGUAAUUUUCACCAUACGUCGGCUGGAUCCCACCCCCUGCCUUUUGCGCGCGAAAAAAAAAUUUGAAAAUGUACUGAGAUAGGCCGCACUUUUCGGGGGGUAGGCCACACUUUUCGGGGGGUAGGCCACACUUUUCGGGGGGUAGGCCGCACCCCAGGGUGGGAUCCUGCCGACGUAUGAUUUUCACCCCGGCUGAGGCACCGCUUCAGCACAGUUGAAUCACAGAUUUUCGAAAUAAACACGCCUGAAUCACCUAUUUCACGAGAAGUAUCAAAAUUCUGAUUUUGGCAGGCGUUAUCAGUGGGGCGCAAAACGUACCCGAACCUGUUUGAGGUUAAAAUAAUUUCGCUUAUUCGUCAUACUUCCUCAUUCGUAUACGUUUCCAAACAGCUCUAAAAACAAAAGAAAUGAGUUGCCUCGUUUCAUCCUUCCCUCUUAACUCCAAAGUUUAUUAUUUUUAACGUGAGAAAAUCUCAAUUUUUUUUUCAGUUGGAGGACGUAAAAACUUUGCAAAAAGCCUUCAAAAGGAAAACUGCGGAAAGGUAAGAACACUAGAAACAAUCGAUAACCGAUGGAUUUUCAGGGAUUCGGUCAGAGAAGAGCAACUCGAAGUUGAAGCUCGUGAACAGAUAAUAAUCGUCGAGAUCACGAUGCUGUUCAACGAGGCUUGCGCUAUCACCAGACUCACGGGCAAUGUUUGAUACUUAUUUUUGCUUGGAACUUUUUCCUCUCCUUAGGCGCCGCCGAAACUUCAGCUUCUGUUGACGGUGCUUGUAGAGAGCACAAGGAAGCUGCAACUGAGCUCCGCCUCCCCGUUCCUCGAUGAUCUUCCCACGGAGUCUGUCAAGGUAUUGAAUCAAGUCUGUCUUUUCAUUUAUGUCAGAAAUUUGUGAAAAAAAAAUAAUAAAAUUAGAGUUAUUGACUGGGUAUCCGCAAACUUGUGCAAUUCCAAAAAUCAGCAUACAACAAGUCCAAGAAAAAGGACAUCUAAAGGAGUUUCAGCUUCAGAAAGUAGAGUUGACAAAAAUAUUAACAUUCUUUCACCAGGUAGUAUUGACUAUAGUUCAAAAAGACUCUGUGACAGGUUAUGACAGCCUUAAAAAAUGGUCUGCCUAUGUAUGGGUAUCCGUAAUGAGAUGAAGGAAAAAAGAGAAAAUGAAAUUUCAUAAAUUCAUAUAGCGGAGCCUUCUAAUCGAUUUUGGCGUAAACAGGCUAUCCGUGAGCAUUUUUAGAAGCCAAAAAAUCUUAUGCCUCAGAAAGCAAAAAAUCGGAAGAAGUAGAAGAACGAGAAAAAAAAAAUCUUACAAUAUUCUUGAGGGGCCAUAACUCCGCUAAAAGGCGAAAGGCGUAAAAUUUUUUUCUUGUUCUCGAUUCAGGGGACCUGGAAGUACAUAACACCAAAGUUUCAUCAAAUUCUCAAACUGUGUCUUUUUGCACUUCCCUUGUUAACAAUGACAAACGCGAAAAAAUGCAUUACUCAAAAUUAAGUUCAAUGUCUCCCACUCUCAAAAAAUUUUCCUUCAAAAAAAAAAAUUAAAUGAGAGAAGGAAAAACGAUAGAUACAGUACAAAAGCUGUAAAAUAUGGAAAUUUUCAACUCUCUUUUUGGUCGCAAAACUAAAUUGAACUAGUUUUUCUAAUCUAAAAAAAACUACUUCGAUGUUUCAGUGCAACUUUUUUUAUCACUCGAUGUUUUUCAGUCCAACACUUUCUAUGCGUUUACUCCGCCUCAGCCUGUUCCUGCAGUCGAAUCGAAACCAUCUACAGGUCAGAAAUAUCUUCUUCGUUUCAAAUUAUCGCUGAGUAGUUGGUUCAGAUUAAUGAAACGGGAAAGAUGAUUUAUUGGAAAUAGGCAAGAUGGAAAAAAAAAUUGUCUGAAGUAAAGCUGGUCUAGUUCAUUUUAGUAACUGGUAAUAUGACUGAGUUUUUUAUCCUUUUAAACAAUCUGUUCACCGCGGCUAGAAAGUUUUCGACUGUCUGCGUCUCUCUAUUCCCUCACCGACGAGGUCAGAGAAAUAUGAAAACAGUACGUCAACCUUAGAGAGUCGCCGAGAGACAUGGAGGGCACAGAGAAAAACAGCAGUCUCCAGUCGCGAAAAUCGGACUGAAGUCCUUAAAAAUUGAAAGAAAUUGAAGAAAAUUCGAAUUUUUUCGCCUGUGUGCAAUAUCCCUCCGAUCACCUUUGUCUACAAAUUUAAGAAGUUUAUGAAAAAUUGGGACUUUUAGUCGUCGCGACGGUGGCACCGAACCGAGUGAGCCAGGAAAAUGGUCAAGUGGAAACGAAGGAAUCCGCAAGGGAACAGCCCCGAGAAACAGUCGCCAGAAACUCCAACGAUGGUGGUUUCGCGGUCUCCGCUGUCAAUCCUCUUUUCGAUUCUCGUAAGUUUCAGUUUUACCCUCAUUCGUCUUGUAGCUUCGCUUCCGUUCUGUAGCGCUUCAAUUUUCCAUUUUUGGGCUGUACUUGUGUUUGUGGAUUUCAUUGUGACAUGCAUUUUCCUUCUCAAAACGACGGCUUCUUUCCUGAAAGUACAGUUCGCAAAAAAAACGCAACGAAGUGAAAUUUACAAAAUUAUCAUUUCAUGAUGCUGAGACAAUAAGAUAGAAGUUUAAAAAAGACGGAGGAAUUUCGGAUUCAUAAAAACGACUCGAGAUAAACUACCGUGCAUACUCUCUAUUGGAUAGAAAAUAUUUCGCUUUCUUUCUUUCAGAUUCGACUGGAAACAGCUGUCAAGCUUCCAAUACUUCACAAGACCAUCAGACAACUUCCCGUGGCUCUUAUUACAACCAAUUUGUCCCUCGUGAUUACCGCCAAAAAGCGAGCUCGGACUUCCGUGACAACUUCUGCGACCCUCAGACUCUUCCCCCUUAUCAACGUCAAAAAUUUUACCAACACUCUCGCAACUACCACAAGGAUGGCGCCGUUGCUUCGGCGAGUCAGGACAGCGAUCGACCCAGAAAGAACUAUCCGCAGAAAGCGAACAACUCCUACGAAAGAGAUUCCCAUUACAAUUCGGAUUAUUCUCAGAGGCAGAACUACCCCGAAAGAGGAUCACAGUCUUCCCGCGAUCCUCGCGAGCGGAAAAGCUCCUUCGAAAGAGAGUCCCAACGGCCGCCGCGACGUGAUGAAGAUGAUUAUCACGACCGCGGGCGACGUCGCGAUGAGGGAAGAAACCAGGAGUACAAUUCACGCCGCGGCCCGGAAAACCACCAAGGCUACGAUCGCGAUCGUGCUCAUGACAACCGGGAACGUCCUCAAGACAGCCGUGAUCGUCCUCAUGACUCCCGCGGUCGCCCUCAAGACUCCCGCGAUCGCCCCCAAGACUCCCGCGAUCGCCCUCAAGACAACCGCGAUCGUCCUCAUGACAACCGGGAACGUCCUCAAGACAGCCGUGAUCGUCCUCAGGACAGCCGCGAUCGUCAUCAAGACACCCGCGAUCGCCCUCAAGACUCCCGCGAUCGCCCCCAAGACUCCCGCGAUCGCCCCCAAGACUCCCGCGAUCGCCCUCAAGACUCUCGCGAUUGCCCUCAAGACAACCGCGAUCGUCCUCAAGAUACCCGCGAUCGACAACCCAGCUAUCCAGAUAGAUCCAGGAACGACCGAGAGGACUACCCGAGGCGAGAUACUCGUGAAAGAAAAUACUCCAGCGAUUACGACAGAGAAGGACGAUCUUUUGACGGACGUUACAGGUUUUGAAUUCUUUACAAAAUCAGACAAAUUAAUGAUUUGUGUGAAGGGAGCCAGAGCAGAGCCGCGACCGUUACGACGACUACGACCGCUACCAAAACAAUAACCGUCGCCAGAAAGACGACCACCGACCCCCUAAAUAUCGUUCGUCGUGCAGUUUUUUGUCGUUGUUGUAGCUUUUUUUUUUUAGCUUGCUGAGUUUUUUUGUCGUGAUAUGAGACCAAUUGGAAGUUUAAAAAAAGUGAAAUGGGUACUCAUUAGUUUAGAAUUGAUUGGAAUUGGAAUUAAAAAAUGUCGAAAAUUUCAAAGUUUCUAAUUCAGAAAAUUCCUCGUCUGAAAUGUAUGGAGCUGCUUCGCAGAUUUCGGGCGAAAACGUCAGAAAUCAGGUCUGAUUAAUUUUUCUCAAUGCUUUCAAAAGUUAAUUUGUUAAGAUUCACGAUCGUAUGACAACGAAUCCACGAACAAAUCAGCGGAAUGACUCUUCGUUCAAGGAUUUCAAGAAUGGUAAUCAAUUAAUAUUUUCAUGCCUACAGUUAUAAAUAAUGACCUUUUCCUUAUCAAAAAUCUGAUUUCUCCUUCUUUUUUUUAAGAUUUAAACACUUUUUUUCUAACUUUCUUCUUGCAGGAAACCGCUAUCGAGGCCGUCAGCAGUAG